AAGUAAAUAAAUAGAAUUUAAAAAAAAAAAAAAAAGGAAAGGAAGGCAGAUCCAUUUACAAGAUUCAUAAAAGACUACAUUUGGGAGGAAGCGGUUGGAGGAGCUAACCCAAGGUGCAGAAAGAACAUAGUCAAUUCUGUUGUGGGCCCCAGUAAAUUAAAGUGGGUUGUCUAUGAAUUCAAAUUUUUACUUAAGCUUUCAUGCUGCCUUGGUGAAUUACUGGUGUACAUCACUGAGCUCAUAGGUUUUCUUUCUUUCUUUCUUGUCUGUUUUCUCCAGAGAAUUCAUUUCUAUAAAGUAUGUGGCUGUUUGCCUUGGGAAGUUGGAAGAAAUGUUUUUUAAAAUUACCUCCAUAGGAUGCAUAGGAAUUCAAUUAAUUUUUCUUCUUAUUUUGGGCAGACAGCCUCUCUAUAUUGGGGUUUGCCAUUGACAAAUGCUCUAUGAUUUUACAAGAGUGAUUUUGUUCUUCUUUUUUUCCCAGCAUAGCAUGUAUCACCAAAAUUCUGAUAUUGUUUUACAUUCUCCUUCUGUGUGCGUGACUCCUGGACGUUCCUUAGCGAUUGUGCCACCGUGGGCCAGUUCCUAACGUCUGCGUGCCUCAGUUUCCCUGCAAUGAUGUUCUGGAAGCUCUCCCUGUCCUUGUGCCUGGUGGCCGUGCUGGUGAAGGCGGCCGAGGCCCGGAAGAACCGGCCGGCGGGCGCCAUCCCGUCGCCCUACAAGGACGGCAGCAGCAACCACUCGGAGCGAUGGCAGCACCAGAUCAAGGAGGUGCUGGCCUCCAGCCAGGAGGCCCUGGUGGUCACCGAGCGCAAGUACCUCAAGAGUGACUGGUGCAAGACGCAGCCGCACGGUCCUCAACCGCUUCUGCUACGGCCAGUGCAACUCCUUCUACAUCCCGCGCCACGUGCGCAAGGACGAGGAGUCCUUCCAGUCGUGCGCCUUCUGCAAGCCGCAGCGCGUCACCUCCGUCCUCGUGGAGCUCGAGUGCCCCGGCAUGGACCCUCCCUUCCGACUCAAAAAGAUCCAGAAGGUGAAGCAGUGCCGGUGCAUGUCCGUGAACCUGAGCGACUCGGACAAGCAGUGAAGCCCCCGCGGCUGCCCGCGAGCUCCCGGGGCCGCCGCCGCCUUCGUCCGCGUCCUCGGAGCCCGCGCGGCGCUGCCCGGUGGCCCCUCCGCUGCCCGGUGGCCCCUCCGCUGCCCGCGCGGCUCCCAAGUGGAGCUUCGCCGCCGCGUCCGGCCGAUCGCGGGGCCCCCGCGCGCCCCACCCCUGCGCGCCCCCAACGCGCUGCGCUCCGGGCCCGAGGGACGCGCCUGGAAACCCGCUCGGCGCCGGCCGGCGGCGGGAGAGGACCUUCGGGGGCCGCGCGGCCCGUCCGGCGUUGAUGUUUCCACCAUGUGGAAAAGCCCGGCUUUCCCCGGCCUCCCCCGACACUCCAGCUCCCGUCGCGCGGAAGCGAAGGAUGCGGCGCUCGGCCCUGUCCCGCGGGCCCGGGGGAGCCUCCACCCGGUGAAGGGGGCGCUGCCCUCGCGCCCAGCGAUGCGGGCCUGGACCGCGUCCCCGCGCGCGGAGGGGAGGUUCUCCUCACCAGCCCGCCGCCCGCUGCCCGAGGAGAAGCCCUGAGAUGGGCUUCCCUGGGGACCUUGCUCGCAGAGGGCCGCCCUCUCCCCCGCCCCCGCGCCCACCACCUCUUCUUCCUCACUCCUCCUCCCCCCACCUGCGGACUCCGAUGAACUCGGGUGUGCAUGCUAUUACCGCUGCAUUUAGAAUAUUAUUCCACACGACGGCCUCCGCAGUAACGCUGGUUUUGUAACUGCCUGUAUUGUAAAGGGCUGUGCAGAAGCGCCCUAGACCUACCCACGUAUCGUCUCCCGAGUUUGGACUCCGGCUUUGCAGCACGGUUCUGAGUAAGGCUCGGCAGGGGUUGAGCUCAGGAAUAAUGCCCGGUCAGCAGUUCACUGUCCAGGACCCAGUCUUACAUUGGGCAGGGAGGUGGCAGGUGAUCUCACAUUGUGAUCCUGCGGUGAAAACGGAUUCCCUGAAGGUACUAAAUAAAUCAUCGCAGCACAAUAAAUAAAUCUGGAAGUGGGUUGGGACGGAUAGGUGUAGGGAGUGGACUCACUGGGGAGUCUUUCACAGGGAACUUAAAAGCCCUGUGAUGUUUAAUAGUCUUAUGUGCCCGUGAGAAGCUAUACCACUUUACUGCCCUGACUCGAAACAAAAAAAUAUUUCCUGCUAAAAGAGAGAACUAUUUAAACAUAUAAGGAAUCAGGUCACUUUGUGCUGUAGGAGGAAAUAAAAGAUAAAAUAUAUAGAAUAGAAAUCUAGUUAAGCUAUCCUACAGGAGUUUCGUUUUCAAAGAAUGGAUUUUUUUUUUAAGGACGAUUAAACAUCAGCUUAUGUUUCAUGUUUAUAAUGAAUCGUUGAGGAUUAUAUGUUGAGGUCUCUUGGUGUAAGAAAGCUGACAUAACUUAUUUUCUUGCAAAACUAUACUUACCUUGUGUCCCUUUGCUAAAUUGCCCCACGGAGUCUUCCCUGUGAGUAGUGUUUGUGGGAUCUGAUGAAUGUGAAUGAGAUGCUAUUGGUGGAAAUCAGCAAACUUUGAAAACCUUUCUUUGGUCGUUUCUGAGCACCAGUCUCAUGUGCUGCUGCCAAGGGCACUCAGAAAGGCCCUCUCCAGGUUUGUGAGACCCUCUACAAACUGCUUGGGGGAACUGAGGCUUCCUGAUGGGGUGUCUAGGGGCAUUCACCUAGAGAGCGAGGUGUGGCAUGUCCCUGAAUCUCUUUCCUGCCCCUGAACCGCAGGUUUCAUUUCUGUCUACCCCGUAAGUCCACGAGACCCGAGCGCAAUAUGCUGUUGUAAAAGGGGGUAUUGGUUUUAGAAAUGGGGGAUAGACAGCCCUCCAUCAGGAGGCAGAACUCAACAGAAGUCCUCGAAGGCUGCAACCUUGGGAUGGGAAGAAAGAGCAGAGAGCGUGUCCAAGUUGAGAAUUUAUUCUUGCCUGAAUCGGAAAACCUCAAGUUAGACGCGGCGCAGAAACACGGCAGAAAAGCUGUGAAGGAAGGAGGCCCAUAUGACUGAAAUGGAGGCCAGUGGAGGAGAGGAGGUUGGGAAUGGUUGGGAUUCUCCGGCUGCCUGCAAAGCCGACCCUGUCAUUUUAUGAACACAUAACCCACGCACAUCGAGGAAGGAUUAAGCUAUGAACUCACAGUAUACACAUAUGAAUACACUCUCUUUGAACCCAGUUGUGGGUGUAGCAAUGGAAACAAUACGAUAUGCUGCAGGGUUAAGCUCCUUCUGGAGGUUCUUCUAUGUACAAAGUUUACCUUAUAAUGGCUCAAAUUGUAUUUAAUUGUUUUUUUUUUUUGGUUUGUUUAUAAAUGAAGAAAAGCUCUAAGUAUAAUGUAAUUAUUUUAUAGGUGUACUAUUAAAUUAUAGAACAAAUAAAGAUACUCUAGGAUUCUUUGUGAUCCUGGUGUGAUGUGCGAUAAAAA